AUGGAAGCAGAAACGGCAACCGCUCCUGGGGAUGUACCUGUCUUCGAUGCGAUGACGACGGUGUUAACCGCGGUGCUCGUCUCUCUAAUCGCCUAUUUCGGUCCCCUGCACGACCUCCUCUUCCAAACCUCGACAAAAGCAAAGUCGUUUGGGAACUUGCAUAAACUGCCUGAGAAUACCAUUGUAUUCUUUAUCCUUGCUUCAUAUGGCGACGGGGAGCCAACGGAUAACUCGGAACAGUUUUAUAACCUUUUAACGAACAAGGACGAUAAUGGACCAUUCGACAGGCUUCGGGAACAUGGCCUUCAGAACCUUUCAUACUCCGCUUUUGGGUUGGGAAAUAAUAGCUAUGCCCACUUCAACGCUGUGGUCCGUAAAGUCGAUGAGAGACUACAGCUUUGCGGUGCCAGACGCCUCGGCCCUGUUGGGGAAGCUGAUGACGACAAGGGAACAAACGCCGAAGAUUUCAUCGAGUGGAAAGAUAAAAUGUGGCCUCAUGUCAUGGAAGCGCUUGAUCUGGUUGAGCAAGAGGCUGGAGAGCGGGAGCCUGCUCUCGAGGUGGUCGAGAUACCAAACCACCAUGGCCCAAUCUUCCAGGCGGAUUACACAGACAGGAACCUCGAACAACAGGCACAAGUAGUUACAAACCACUGCUCCGCACCUAUUUGGGACUCAAGAAUUCUUCCAGAUGCUGGUGGCCGGUCCUACAUACAUGUCGAGCUCGAUAUCAAGGACAGCAAACUUGACUAUCAGACCGGCGACCAUCAAUUCCGACAUCGAAGUCGAGCGAUUCUUGAGGAUAUUCGGGCUAUGGGACAAGCGACACGAGGCAAUUCGUAUACUAAGCAGAAGACGAAGCUUCGCCAACUCGGAAAAGAUAAAGAGGCAUUCUUGUCGCUUGCAGAGGGUAACUUUUAUAACAUUGCUUCCACGAUGGAGACUUUGUUCUCAGGAGAGACGGUUACGUUACCGUUCGCAAUCAUUAUCGAGGCGAUGCCGAGGCUGCAGCCAAGGUACUACUGCAUAUCUUCGUCUUCCACCCUUGAUGCUGGUAAAGUGUCUAUCACUGUCGCUAUCGAGUCGUUUCCCAUUCAAAAGACAAACCGACAUUUCUCGGGCGUUGCGACGAACUUCAUCUUAGACGUUGCUUCCACCGAAAAUGAAGUUAUGUUAAGGAGCCGAGUGCAGCUGAUAUCCUACACGUUGCCGACGAAACGCCCUCACUUACAGCCCUCUCUCUCAGCCUUUGUCCGGACUUCGACAUUUCGACUACCGUCUGAUCCGGCAAUACCCAUCCUCAUGGUUGGUCCUGGCACUGGCGUUGCCCCCUCCCGUGGAUUUGUCAGAGAACGGGUCGCUAUGCAUCGACAAGGGAAGGGUUUUGCGCCCAUGACGCUAUUGUAUGGCUGCCGCAAGAGGACUGAAGACUUCUUAUAUGAAAAGGAGUGGAAGGCAUAUGCCUCUGAGCUGGGUUCUAAGUUCAGGAUGUACACAGCAUUCUCGCGAGAGCAGAAGCACAAGGUAUACGUUCAAAAUCUUAUACUCCAGCAAUCGAAGAACAUAGCUUCGCUUAUCCAGAACGGCGGGCAUGUGUAUGUUUGCGGCGAUGUGGGCAUGGGCAGGGGAGUGACAAAGACCCUGUGCAAGGUCCUUGCUUCUGAGACCAGUAUGUCUUUGGAUGAUGCACAGAGGGAGUUGUCCGAUAUGCGACAUUCACAUCGAUAUCAGGAGGAUGUCUGGUAG